GGUGCCUUCCCCCCAUCAUCCCAACAUGCAGUUCAAGAAGCUUGGAAUUGCCGCCGCCUUCAUUGGCUCCGCCUCCGCCCUAGGUGUGGGCUGCCCGUACAUGUCGGGCGAGCUCAACAAGCGCGAUGCGCCUAACCCUCACCACGCCCGCGCCGAUGACGCUUCCGGUAAGGCCACGAGCACUGACGAGUUCAUGGCCAAGUUCGAAGUCAACGACACCGGCAAAUACUUGACCAGCGACGUCGGCGGCCCCAUUGAGGACCAAAACUCCCUGAGCGUCGGCGAGCGCGGUCCCACGCUUCUCGAAGACUUCAUCUUCCGCCAGAAGAUCCAGCACUUCGACCAUGAGCGCGUUCCGGAGCGCGCCGUUCACGCCCGUGGCUUCGGUGCUCACGGUGUUUUCACUUCGUACGCGGAUUGGUCCAACAUCACCGGCGCGUCUUUCCUGUCUUCUGCUGGAAAGGAGACCCCGAUGUAUGUCCGCAUGUCCACUGUGGCGGGCAGCAGGGGUUCUGCGGAUACUGCUCGCGAUGUCCACGGUUUUGCGCUCAGGUUCUACACUGAUGAGGGCAACUUUGACAUUGUUGGCAACAACAUGCCCGUCUUCUUCAUUCAGGAUGCCAUUCUCUUCCCGGACCUCAUCCACGCCGUCAAGCCUCGCUCCGACAACGAAAUCCCUCAAGCUGCCACUGCCCAUGACAACGCUUGGGACUUCUUCAGCCAGCAGCCUAGCUCCAUGCACACUCUGUUCUGGGCCAUGUCCCAAUGGGGCCUGAUCCGGUCCUUCCGCCACACUGAUGGCUUCGGUAUCCACACCUUCCGUCUCGUCACCGACGAGGGUAAGGCCAAGCUGGUCAAGUUCCACUGGAAGUCUUUGCAAGGCCGUGCUGGUCUUACGUGGGAGGAGGCGCAGGUGGUUGCUGGCAAGAACGCCGACAUUCACCGCCAGGACAUGUUCGAGGCCAUUGAGGCCGGCCGUUACCCCGAGUGGGAGUUUGGUGUCCAAAUCAUGGAGGAGGACGACGUCUUGCGCUACGGAUUUGACUUGCUCGAUCCUACCAAGAUCGUCCCCGAGGAGAUCGUUCCCUUUACCCCGCUCGGCAAGAUUACCCUGAACCGCAACCCCCGCAACUACUUUGCCGAGACUGAGCAGGUCAUGUUCCAACCCGGUCACAUUGUUCGCGGUGUCGAUUUCUCCGAUGACCCCCUGCUGCAGGGCCGCAUCUUCUCUUACCUCGACACGCAGCUCAACCGUCACGGCGGCCCUAACUUUGAGCAGCUGCCCAUCAACCAGCCGCGCGUUCCCUUCCACAACAACAACCGCGAUGGCGCAGGCCAGAUGUUCAUCCCGCUUAACAAGUCGCCCUACACGCCCAACACCAACAACGAUGGCUUCCCCAAGCAGGCCACUCGCGACGAGGGUCGGGGCUUCUUCUCGGCGCCCACGCGCUCCUUCUCUGGCAAGCUUGCGCGUAACGUCGCCUCCACCUUCAAGGAUGUCUGGAGCCAGCCGCGUCUGUUCUACAACUCGCUGAACAAGGCCGAGCAGCAGUUCCUGAUCAACGCCAUCCGCUUCGAGACCUCCAAGCUCACGUCCGAUGUCGUCAAGCAAAACGUCCUGAUCCAGCUGAACCGCAUCUCGCACGAUGUUGCGUCGCGCGUCGCCACCGCGCUCGGCAUGACCGCCCCCGAGGCCGACGACACUUACUACCACGACAACACGACGGCCACGACGCGCCCCUUCUCCGAGCUGAAGAAGUUGGACGGCCUGCGCGUCGGUAUUCUGUCCUCCGUCCAGAGUGCGAGCAGCGCCUCGGUCUCGGACAUCAAGACCGCGCUGGCGGACCACAACGUCGACGUCAAGGUCGUUGGUGAGCACCUCGCCGACGGCAUCGACUCGACCUACUCGGCUGCCGACGCGACGGACUUUGACGCCGUCCUGGUCGGUGAGGGCGCUCAGAAGCUCUUCGGCAGCAACGCCACCGCCUCGUCGCUCUACCCCGCCGGCCGCCCCGGCCAGAUCCUGCUCGAUGCGUUCCGCUACGGCAAGACCGUUGGUGCGCUGGGCAAUGCUGGCAGCGCACUCAGCGCUGUAGGUGUCUCGAGCAGUGCGGCGGGCGUGUACAGCGCUGCCAAGGCGGACGACGUCGUCAAGGGCCUCAAGACCUUCAUGUGGUUCGACAGGUUCCCGACGGACAACUAAACUAGAUGGGUUCGGCAUACUUUUCUAGUUUAGACUAUUAUAGACAACUUUGGGUAAUGAAAUUGAAGGAAGGGAAGGGGGAGAAGAAAGAACGCUAAUAUUCGAUGGAUUGGGCCUUUGAAAUGAUACCAUGGGUUUAAACAAGUCGGUCAAUUGGACUGCUAGCUGCUACUACUACUACUGUCGGCUAAGGCCAGCCGGAGCUGGCGCAGUGGAGACAGGCAGCGGUCUUGCUAUGACAGACAUGACGGAUGGGUAUUUUCCGGCGCAGAGGUCGAGGGCGGGAACUGGGUAACUAGUUACUAGGUACGUACUACUCCAGCGCGAGCGCGAGCGCUCGCUUCUUGAUGUUUGUUGCAAUGCUUGUAUAUAUUUGAACGUGAUGUGCCGAGAGUGGCUUUGGUGCUUGUGUGAUGCUGUGCGAGCCUUGGUGGCGGUGGUGGUGGUGGUGGUGGUGGUGGUGGUGGUGUCUGUAUGUGACGGC